UUCAGCAGAUCUACUCGUCAAUUCCGUGAAAAUUAGACGCCACCACCGGGAUUCGAACCCGGGACCUAUUGACCUAGAGUCAGACGCGCUGACCACUAGGCCAACCUGGCCGGCGUGUAUAGUUCCUUCAAGGACCCCUUCUUUACAUGUGUUCAUUAACCUAUCAUUACUGAAGCUGUGUAACUAUGUAUUUAGUGCGUUUUACUUUUAUCUCUAAAAAAGAGAAGAGGAAAUCAAUCCAAUCAAAUUUUCUUUUAAAUUUAUGCUCUGACCAAAUUUCUAAAAUCGUAUUUUCCCCUGUUUGCGGGAAAUUUCAUUAUUAUGUACAUAUGCUCAUUCCCAUAAAUCAAUCAAGUUGAGCACACUUGCAUAGUUUUGUUCUCAACAAAAUCGUACAUUUUUAUCUCUUUAUCAAUUGAAUCAUUUAUUUUAUCAAACUGAAUCGUUUUAUGUUUUGUUUAUCACUUUACUUUUGUUGUUUUGACAAUCCUGGGCCAAUUUAAAAUAAAAAAUUUUUUGUCCGCAAAUUAUCUCGGAAUUUCCUCAUUUCCGAGGAGGAAGUGACCUGUAACUAACUUUUGGGACUCGUAAGUGCACGCUCUGAGUAGCAUUUCGUCCUGUUUCCUAUCCUCUCACUUUUCCUCUGUUAUCUUCCUCCUGGCGCUUGAAGUGCACGCUCUGAGUUGCAUUUCGCCCAGCUCUGCUUCUCCUUACCUGUUAUCAUCUCCUGUUCCUGGCGAGUUCUGGCUGUGAGACCUUGAAGUGCACGCUGUGAGUAGCAUUUCGGUUAUUUUAACAAAAAAUUUUUACUUUUGUCAUUAUUUAUUUAUCUCGGGAAAACCUAGAAGUGCACGCUCUGAGUAGCAUUUCGGCUUCCUUUUUAUAUUUUGUUGAGUGUAGGGUCCUCACAAAUUUAGCUAAUGAAAGGACAUUCUUUUUGUAAAUAAACCAAGAAAUUUGAGACACGAGAUUUAUUGAUCAUUCUUCCCCUCAUUCAACCUAAUCAUUUUUUUUAUUGGCGCCCGAAUCCAGGAUCCCGGCGAGCUCAUUCCGGCACCUCCAGUAACGUUGGCUUAUCUUAUACCAGAAGGACGUAGGUGCCUCUGAUGUCCUGGACCUGCUUCGCAGUGAAAGGGGAUUUGCCUCGUUACAAAGUGGCGCCCGAACUGGGACAUACAGCAUUGUGUUACAGCUUCGAGAUGGAAGCCAAGGUUACGAAAAGUCGAAAACAGAGAGGACACCGCUCAAAAAGUCAGGUCAAGAGGUACCGAGUCCAAGAUGGCUCUCCUUUCUCAGUCCAGGCAAAUAGCCCUUACGUGCGUGUGACAAGUAACCCAAAGCAGCCCCAAAUUCCCGGGCAAACCACUCUCAUUGGCCAAAGCUGGUUAAAUUGUGAUGUUGUAAAUCAUUUUGUUAAGUUAGUUUGUCAGAGUACAGCAAAAUCUGUCCGCGUUGAGAGUAAUUUAUUCACUGCACUCACGAAUGAGGGCUACAAAAACAGAGUUGUGAACUGGAUGAAAAGAACCAGAACCUCCGACGUUUUGCACUAUUUCUUUCCCAUCUUUCAUGAAAAUCACUGGUCCCUGCUGUAUGUUGACACGGCAAACCAAACCUGUACCCACUUCACCAGCCGUGGAAAAGGCGAGGUGAAAUCCUGUAGGACAUUUAUACGGUUCCUGGACCAAUGCGCUCUUUCUCACCACGAGCAGGAAAGGUUCUGCACUUUCCAAGUGCGGACCUCUGAGGAGUGCUCUCAGGGCAAGGAAAAUACUUUUGAUUGCGGUGUUUUUGUUUGUUUAUUCGUGUAUAAGAUCUCUCGCGGGCUUAGGCCACAAGACCCCUUUACUUCAGAUGAGAUUUGGAGGGAAAGGAUCCUUACUUGUUUCAGAGGAAACUCAGUCCGGAUCUUUGACAAAGUUUAUGGUAUUUAAGCAUAUUCAUUUAUUGUAUAUAAACGCAUUGAUAAGAUCCCCAUAUAGGAUUUCACGGAUACAAUC